AUUCCCCGACGGCACCCUGCGAUCUCCGAGAAUUACCAAAGGGGGAGAGACCUGUGUAUAAACAACAUAGAUCUCUCCCCUGUCAGCUUCUGCACACUGCUUUGUAUGGCUCUGUAUAGCAGAGCCAUACAAAACAGUGUGCUUACACUGAAACAUAGCAGACUUAGUAAAACACACAGCAGACAGUUAAAACUUUGAUCGCCCCCACAUGUUAACCCCUUCCUGCCCAGUGCCAUUAGAACAGUGUCAGAGCUUUUUAUUAGCACUGAUCACUGUAUUGGUGUCACUGGGGAUGUCAGUGACACCAAGUCAGUUCCCCCCCAUUGUCAGAAUGCCCACCGCAGUCCCGCUAUAAGUCGCUGAUCGCCGACAUUACUAGUAAAAAAAAAAAAAAAAAAAAUCCCAGCAUGUAUACCGCCAUUUGUAAAUGCUAUAACUUUCACGUAAACCAAUUAAUUUACACGUAUUGUGAUUUUU